AAUCAGGAACCUUCUUAAAAGAGUCAAGCUCUCCUCAACUGAAAGCAAAGCCCUCUGCGAAGCUUGUCUGUGGUGAGGACGCCCUGGGGGAUGAGAAGGCUCCAAAGCCAAGUCCAGGCGUCCUCUGGCAAGAAAGAGGUUUAUCCGACACGCUGACUUCCUUGCGAGUCUGAUCCCUUCUGCGCAGCUGGACACAGGAAAGCAGCCUCCCUUCGUGGAGUAAAAGCCCGGGCACUUUCAAAGUGCCCUUCCUACCCAGAUCCGGGAGAAGUCCGGGCACGAAGGCGGGGCCAUUAGGGUGGCUGGCGACACCCUCCUGAAAGUCCAGCCCCGCCUUCCCACCACCUUAGGGAUUUGGUACAUGAAGCAAGAUCGCCCUCUCAGUGAAAGGCAGAUGUCCCUUUAAGGUUUGCUUUGCCGUUGCCUGUGUGGACUUUAGCCUAAACACGGUCCCGCGAAGUUGGCUUUAUUUGUCCAUGUCUCGGAUCGAGGCUGGGACGCUGCCAGGGAGAUUUCAGAGACCCAGCGCUCGAAGGGGCGGGAGAUGUGGCAAUCGGUCUGGGAUGUGAAAAGCGUGGAGCGAGCUUAGAGGCAAAACACAGGAAAUCACUCCUCCACGGCUCUUGGGCGCUGCAGCCGCUGGGGCCACUGCUGGACACCCGCGGAGACCGCCCGAGUGACCCACAGCGCAAGGCACCGGCGUGCCCAGCUCCUGCCAGCUCCUGCCAGCUCCUGCCCAGGAACCCGCACGUCAAGGGAGCUUGCAGCCACUCCAGCCAUGGUCCCCAGGCGCCCUGCCAGCCUAGAGGUCACUGUAGCCUGCUGCUGGCUCCUCACUGUUAUUCUAGGCUUCUGCAUAUCCUUCAACGUUGAUGUGAAAAAUUCAAUGAGUUUCAGUGGCCCAGUGGAGGACAUGUUUGGAUACACUGUUCAACAAUACGAAAAUGAAGAAGGAAAAUGGGUUCUUAUUGGUUCUCCUUUCGUUGGUCAACCCAAAGCAAGAACCGGAGAUGUCUAUAAGUGCCCGGUGGGGAGAGAAAGAGCAAUGCCUUGCGUGAAGUUGGAUUUGCCAGUGAACACAUCAAUUCCCAAUGUCACAGAAAUCAAAGAAAACAUGACAUUUGGAUCAACUUUAGUCACCAACCCAAAUGGAGGAUUUCUGGCAUGUGGGCCUUUGUAUGCCUAUAGAUGUGGACAUCUGCAUUAUACGACCGGGAUUUGUUCUGAUGUCAGCCCUACAUUUCAAGUUGUGAACUCCUUUGCCCCUGUACAAGAAUGUAGCACUCAGCUGGACAUAGUCAUUGUCCUGGAUGGCUCCAACAGUAUCUACCCCUGGGAAAGUGUGACCGCCUUUUUAAAUGACCUUCUUCAGAGGAUGGAUAUUGGCCCUAAACAGACACAGGUUGGAAUUGUACAGUAUGGAGAAAAUGUAACCCAUGAGUUCAACCUCAAUAAGUAUUCAUCGACAGAAGAGGUCCUUGUUGCAGCAAACAAAAUAAACCAGAGAGGUGGUGUCCAAACAAUGACAGCCCUUGGAAUAGACACAGCCAGGAAAGAGGCAUUCACUGAAGCUCGGGGUGCCAGGAGGGGAGUUAAAAAGGUCAUGGUCAUAGUGACUGAUGGAGAAUCACAUGAUAACUAUCGACUGAAACAGGUCAUUGAAGACUGCGAGGAUGAAAACAUUCAGCGAUUUUCCAUAGCUAUCCUUGGCCACUAUAACCGAGGGAACUUAAGCACUGAAAAAUUUGUGGAGGAAAUAAAAUCAAUCGCCAGCGAGCCCACUGAAAAGCACUUCUUCAAUGUUUCAGAUGAGUUGGCCCUGGUCACUAUUGUUAAAGCUCUAGGAGAAAGGAUAUUUGCCUUGGAAGCUACAGCUGACCAGUCCGCAGCAUCCUUUGAGAUGGAAAUGUCUCAGACCGGUUUCAGUGCUCAUUAUUCACAGGACUGGGUCAUGCUUGGAGCAGUGGGGGCCUAUGAUUGGAACGGAACUGUCGUCAUGCAGAAGGCUAACCAGAUUGUCAUCCCUCAGAACACCACCUUUCAACCUGAGCCUGCCAAAAUGAACGAACCUCUUGCUUCUUAUUUAGGUUACACAGUGAACUCUGCCACUGUCCCUGGAGAUGUGCUCUAUGUCGCUGGACAGCCUCGAUACAAUCAUACAGGCCAGGUCGUCAUCUACAAGAUGGAGGAUGGGAACAUCAAAAUUCUCCAGACACUCGGUGGAGAGCAGAUUGGUUCCUACUUUGGCAGCGUCUUGACAACAAUUGACAUUGACAAAGAUUCUUAUACCGACCUGCUUCUCGUCGGGGCCCCCAUGUACAUGGGGACAGAGAAAGAGGAACAGGGCAAAGUCUACGUGUAUGCUGUGAACCAGACAAGGUUUGAAUAUCAAAUGAGCCUGGAACCAAUUAAGCAAACGUGCUGUUCAUCUCUGAAGGAUAAUUCAUGCACAAAAGAAAACAAGAAUGAGCCCUGUGGGGCCCGAUUUGGAACAGCAAUUGCUGCUGUAAAAGACCUCAACGUGGAUGGAUUUAAUGACAUCGUGAUCGGAGCUCCGCUGGAGGAUGACCAUGCGGGAGCUGUCUACAUUUAUCAUGGCAGUGAUAAGACCAUAAGGAAGGAGUACGCACAACGUAUUCCAUCAGGUGGGGAUGGCAAGACACUGAAAUUUUUUGGCCAGUCUAUCCAUGGAGAGAUGGAUUUAAAUGGCGAUGGUCUGACUGAUGUGACCAUUGGAGGUCUUGGUGGAGCUGCCCUCUUCUGGGCCAGAGAUGUGGCCGUAGUUAAAGUGACCAUGAAUUUUGAACCCAACAAAGUGAAUAUUCAAAAGAAAAACUGCCGUGUGGAGGGAAAAGAAACAGUAUGCAUAAAUGCUACAAUAUGUUUUUAUGUGAAAUUAAAGUCUAAAGAAGACUCAGUUUACGAAGCUGAUUUGCAGUAUCGUGUCACCCUCGAUUCAAUGAGACAGAUAUCACGGAGUUUUUUCUCUGGAACUCAGGAAAGAAAGGUUCAAAGAAACAUCACAGUUCGAGAAUCAGAAUGCACUAGGCACUCCUUCUACAUGUUGGACAAGCAUGACUUCCAGGACUCCGUGAGAGUGACUUUGGAUUUUAAUCUUACGGAUCCAGAAAAUGGCCCUGUGCUUGAUGACGCUCUGCCAAACUCAGUCCACGAACACAUUCCCUUUGCCAAAGACUGUGGAAACAAGGAAAAAUGCAUCUCCGACCUCACCCUGGACGUGUCCACCACAGAAAGGAGCCUGCUGAUUGUCAGGUCCCAGAAUGACAAGUUCAAUCUCAGCCUCACAGUGAGAAACAAAAGAGACAGUGCCUACAAUACCAGGACAAUAGUGCAGUAUUCCCCAAAUCUGAUUUUUUCAGGAAUUGAGGGGAUCCAAAAAGAUAGUUGUGAAUCCAAUCGAAAUAUCACAUGUAGAGUUGGAUAUCCUUUCCUGAGGACAGGAGAAAUGGUAACCUUCAAAAUAAUAUUCCAGUUUAAUACAUCACAUCUCACAGAAAAUGCAAUCAUUCAUUUAAGUGCAACAAGUGACAGUGAAGAACCACCCGAAUCUCUUUAUGAUAAUGAAGUAAAUAUUUCCAUCCCAGUAAAAUAUGAAGUUGGACUACAGUUUCACAGUUCUGCAAGUGAACACCACAUCUCAGUUGCAGCCAAUGAGACUAUCCCUGAACUUAUUAAUUCCACUGGUGACAUUGGAAAUGAAAUUAAUGUCUUCUACAUGAUCAGGAAAAGGAGCCAUUUCCCGAUGCCAGAACUUCAGCUGUCAAUCUCGUACCCCAACUUGACAUCAGAUGGUUAUCCUGUACUAUACCUGACUGGAUGGUCAUCUUCUGACAAUGUGAACUGCAAACCCCGGAGCCUUGAGGAUCCUUUCGGUAUCAAUUCUGGGAAGAAAAUGACAAUAUCCAAGUCUGAGGAUCUCAAAAGAGGCACAAUCCAGGAUUGCAGUACCUGUAAACUUGCCACCAUCACGUGCAAUCUCAUGCCUUCCGAUGUGAGUCAAGUGAACGUUUCACUCAUCUUGUGGAAACCAACCUUCAUAAAAACACAUUUUUCCAGCUUCAAUCUCACUAUAAGGGGAGAACUUCGGAGUGAAAACACAACGCUGACUUUAAGUAGCAGCAACCGGAAACGAGAGCUGGCUAUUCAAAUAUCCAAAGAUGGGCUCCCAGGCAGAGUACCACUGUGGGUCAUCCUCCUGAGUGCCUUCGCUGGGCUACUGCUGCUGAUGCUGCUGAUUUUAGCUCUGUGGAAGAUUGGAUUCUUCAAAAGGCCACUAAAGACGAAAAUGGAGAAAUGAAAUAUUUUACAGGAGGAAAAAGAACUGUAACAAUUAUUCAAUGAUCUAUCCUCAGGUUUGCCUCAAUCAUGUGAGAAGAAAUUCAGAACUAUAACCAAAGACAUGGUCACAUAACUUUAUGUAAUCCAUCAUCCAGCUGGGAUUACUCACUUGGAAAGUGACAGAUCAAGUAUGGUCCAAAAAGGGUACCCAAAGAUAUGGUUUAGAAAGUGAUGAGAAAUACUUUUAAUAAUUACUCAUUUUUGUUGAGUAAGUGAAAUGACAAAAUGUUUUAUAGAAGAAUCCCCACUAUAAGUAUGUUUAUGUGUUUAAAUGCCAUGCAGAGUAUUUAAGGGAUGCACAAAAAGAGCUUUGUGUUCAUUGAGACAGUUACUCUCAGCACAAUGUAAAUUAAGCUUUUCCCCUUGAUUAUACCUUCAGAGUGACACUCAGUAUCUGUAAAUGCCAACAAAGGAAUGGAGUGGAAAAGAUCUCCCAAUUCUGAUGAGAAAAGCUUUGCCUAGCAGAGUCCAUGUAAAAUAUAGACUGAAAAUAGAGUUAAAUCACAGGAGUAACACUCAUUGACUUCUUGGGUUCAGUUGUUGGAAAUAGUGUUUUCCAAUGUGAUUGGAAAACAGUGCCAUUGAGCUUAAAUUCUAUAUAGAAUAGACAGUCAAGAUAGAGUUGUUAUUUAAAACAAGGGCACUGCAUCUGUUCAUUGAACUUCUACAAAAAGUAAAAGUGCUUAAUUUAUAUUGAGCUCUAAAACACAAAACUCUUUUAUAAAGGAAAAAAAAAAACAGUUAAAGCAGUUUGUGUAGCAUUCAUAAAAAGUCACAAUGUGUGUGUGACACCCAGAGGGUUUAAUGAAACCUGAGAGCAUAGAGAGAUAACCGAAAAUAACUAAAGUCACCUUGCUGAGCAGUUUUGUUUAAAACUAGGGCUUCCAGAUGUUACAUUAAAGUAGGAGACUUCUCGACACUUUGGUAUAGGGUUCAGUUAAAACCCCAAGAUAUGAAAGUUUAUUUUCAAAAUUUUUAAUUUUCUAAAUACAUUUUAUGUUACUAUUGAAAAAGCUGUCUCCCGAAGUAGUUUUAUAUUUUACCAAGAACUCACUGCUUUUGAACAUGGCAUAUCAGUAUUUAAACAGGAACCAAGAAAUGUAGUUUAAAGAAUUUAUAGCUUGAAAACUUAAACCAGCAGAAAGAUACAACUCAUUUGUAUGUACUUCUGCAUUCCUGAAGUUCCUAGGGACCUUGGACUCCGCUGUAAUGUAAGCUCCCAGAUUGCUCCAUUUCUAAGAUAAAUAACAAUGAAUGAAUGUACAGUAUCUUCAUGUGUGAACUACUGCUGUAAAAUUUGCUGAUCCUCCUGCCCCAAAGCCACUUCUCCACCUGAUGGACCACCGUCAAGAACGGAACCUGUCAAUAUCCCAAAAGAGCUGGACUCUGCUCCCCUCAAAACACAGCAAGUCACCAGAGAAAUUAAGUGCUAUGGGUUUGAUUAUUUAAAACGUAUUUCUGAGGAAUUACCUUAGGGCUCAGAUUCAGCCUACCUCUUGGCUUUCCAGCUCUACGUGUAAGAUCCCUAAGGGAUGGACAUGAUGAUGCCAUAGUCAUCCCUGGCUGGAAGAAAGGUAGACAGGCAACAAGAAGAAAGGUGUGUUCUCCACUCUCACUGUCUCCCACCGGCUUCAGAAUCAUGCCUUCCUCCUGUUCUUCUUUCCCCGUCAGAACUCAGGUGUUUCUUGCUCAGUCACCAUGGUGCCCAACUCCGGCACUCAUGCUCAGCAGCCCUACUUCUAACUCCAGGCCUUUGGGAAUGAAAUUUACCCGAUACAUUUAGACUCAUCUUCGACAUCAGGGACUGCCAGGCGCUAGACUUUAUACACUGAGCUACAAGUGUGUAUCUUUAAACUGAAAAUGUUUUUAAACCAAAAGGGCAAGGCAGAAAUAAGGACAUUUUGAACUUCUAAGGAGAGGAAGAGCAGUUAGGCUGGAUAAAAAGGUGCCAAAGCCACUUACCUACCAGUUUGUAACAUAUGUUAUUCCUGGUUAGCAGUAAAUAUUCAAGGAAUCAGACAUCUCAUUUCUCUACUAUCAUAACUGAAUCUCUGUGUGUGUGUUAUUGUUUGUACACACAUAUACAUACCAUUUUAACACAGAACAACCAUGCUUAAUGACAGAGCUUACAAAAUUAGGGCCAAAACUAAGCACACAAAAGCAGCAGCACCAGUGAUGGGGUCUAUUUCCUUUGCUUCUCAGACAGUAUUCACUUUCAUUAGUAUUUAAAUUUAGUCAUUAUUUUGUAAGCUAAAAAAAUACAAAUGCAGAGGCUUUGCUUUAAAAAAUGAUCACAGAUGCCCAAAAUUAGCUUUCUAGAAAUAUUCUAGAACAUAUAAAUAAUAAAGAAAUAUACUAAAUUCUAUAACAUUAUUUUAUUUUUUUUUUUUUUGGUUUUUCGAGACAGGGUUUCUCUGUGUAGCUUUGCACCUCUCCUGAAACUCACUUGGUAGCCCAGGCUGGCCUCGAACUCACAGAGAUCCGCCUGGCUCUGCCUCCCGAGUGCUGGGAUUAAAGGCGUGCGCCACCACCGCCCGGCGACAUUAUUUUAAAACAAUAGGAAAAACUGAGUGAUACUUAAGACUAUUUAUGAACUUAUAGAUUAAAAUAAAUCACCAAAUAUCUUGUA